UUGAGUUCAGGUGCCACCACUCCCAUCCGUAAUCUUCUUUCGCUCAACGGAGAGUCAAUUCCUUCUCAAGGUCUCGGCUGCCCUCAGUUAACUGCUUCUAAGUCGUCUAUAAGUCAAGGAUUCGGUUGUGUCGACGUACCAUGCCCAGUCGGCUCAGUGAACGUGAACAACACUUGCGUACGGUGUCCACUUGGCUCAUAUCAAGACGAAGCUGGACAGUUGGCUUGUAAAGCUUGCCCCGAGGGAACGUUCACUCAGUAUGAGGGUGCACACUCUCAAAGGAGUUGUCUCGCUGUUUGUGGUAAUGGUAUGUACAGUCAAAGUGGAUUGGUUCCUUGCCAAUUAUGCCCGCGUCACACGUUCUCUGGACCUCCAGUAGCUGAAGUGUACGCCAUGCCCUGGUGGCACUUAUACGGCUCGACUCGGUUCGAGUGGUCCAUCUAUACUGCAAACAAACCAAUUCAGCCAGGAACGUUCAGUUUGUCUGGACUGGAGCCUUGCUCUCCAUGUCCACUGCAUCAUUACCAGCCAGCUCUUGGACAGCAGCGAUGUAAUCAAUGCUCCAAUCAUACGGCGACUUCAAGCGAAGGCCAGAGUGCCGAAUCAGCUUGUGAACCGGUGGACUGUGCUGCAAAACAGUGCGAGAAUAAGGCCGAAUGUGUUGUACGUGAUCAUCGCGCGGUGUGCGAAUGUCGUCCUGGAUUUGUUGGUGAACGAUGCGAAUUGAUCGAGCCGGUAUGCGACUCAUCCCCUUGUUUCAAUGGUGGAUCAUGUGAAGAGAUCGCCGGCACAUUCAGAUGCAUCUGCCCACAGAGUGAGCGUUUUCACUUCUUCCCUUAUUGGUGGAGUAGAAUAGUUCGAAUGAACAUCAAAUUUGUUUAA